UGCAUGCAUGCCCUACACAUUUGUCAAACCACCAGGCAUCUCAUCGCUCGAGCACCUCGGCUGGUCCCAUCUACAGAGACUGGUGGAAUGUGAACAUUGCUUUGUCAAGUCCCAAGUCAGAAAAGCGUCCGCAGUUGUCAACUCAAGAACAUCUGACCACCACUCUGCACCGUACCUUCUUGUAGGCACCUCUCAGCUACGGCCACCGAGGAGUCUGACCACUGCACCCUCAAAACCCGUCUGGCCCAUCCUCAGUCAAGGACCGCCUCUUAAUUUUCUUUUCUACCGAGCUCGUCACGGUCAGACCUCAGCCUCUGCUGAUCGGGCCUCCGGCACCCCGGCGAAUCAGAAGGAGAAACAGCUACAUACCAAGACUUCUAUACCCGACCUGAAACCUUCAACAACCAGUGUUGAUUCUGACGCCACUGCCAGCGCCAGCGCAUCGUUGGGAUCACUGAACACUAAAGCCUCCCACGAAAACCCGGCCAAGAUGUCAAACAAGAACAAGAGAGCGGUGACGGAUGAGUCCGCCGAUUUUUCGAUCUCAGAUCCAGCAACUACCAACCCGGCUACGCCUUCCUCCACCCAAGUCGAUGGGGUCCUCGAGACGGACACUCCGCGGACAGAAGUUUCGCAGACGGCAGGAACGGCGCCGAGUACCGGUGUUGAUUAUGCUGAUGCUCUCAAGGAUGCCUUGAAGGAGAGUGGAACGAAGGAGGGAACAGAGGAAAGAGUUGAAGAUCUCCCGCAGGAGGGUGCCCGCGAGGAACCAGCCGAGAAGCCUUCCAGGAAGACCGUGCUCCCAAUUCAUGACGACACAGCUCGAGAGGAGCCCAGCAACGCGGACCACGACGUCAGACGAGAGAAACAAGCCUUGUACGACGAAUACCCUUCAUUGUAUUUCGAGGGCAGCGACAAUGAGCUGGCACAAAUGGAGCGGGAUAGAGCCAACGCAUACCAGGCUGCCGGCAUCAGAUUUGCGCCAUUUAACAUACCUUUACAGCGAAGACUCCAGACCCUGGCGGUUCUGCUACACUCGCUGAUUAUUGCCACUACCGUAUCCUUCUUUUUCUUCCUGUGCGCCAUCCCUUUACUCUGGCCAUUGGUUAUCCCAUAUCUUCUUCAUAUGCUGCUUAGCAAAGCAGCAUCCGACGGAAAGUUGCGCUUCCGCUCAGAAAGGUUCCGGCACUCCCGAAUCUGGUACUUCUUUGCAGACUACUUCCCGGCUAAGCUGCACAAGACGCACGAUCUUUCCGCUGAUAGGAAGUACAUCUUUGGUUAUCACCCCCACGGCAUCAUCUCACAUGGCGCUUACGCCGCUUUUGCCACCGAAGCCCUCGGUUUCUCUGAGAAAUUCCCCGGGAUUACCAACAGCCUGCUUACCCUGGACAGUAACUUCCGCAUCCCGAUUUACCGCGACUAUAUCCUUAGCAUGGGCCUCCGCUCCGUUUCGAAGGAGUCAAUCACCAAUAUCCUCAGCCGCGGCGGUACUGACGGUCACGGCGCGGGCCGUGCUGUUACCAUUGUUAUUGGUGGUGCUCGAGAAUCACUGGAGGCUCAACCUGGUACACUCCGACUCGUGCUCGGCGAGCGCAAGGGCUUCGUCAAGGUGGCCAUGCGCACUGGCGCUGAUAUCGUUCCCGUGCUCGCAUUUGGCGAGAACGAUCUCUACGAUCAGGUCAGUCCCAAGAGCCAUCCGUACUUGCAUAGGCUCCAGAUGUUUGUGCUCCGAACCCUCAAGUUCACUCUGCCGUUUUUGCAUGGAAGAGGCAUUUUCAACUACGAUGUGGGUCUGAUGCCAUACCGCCGGCCGUUGAACAUUGUUGUCGGCAAGCCGAUCCGGGUUACAAAGAGGGCCGAGAGCGACCUGGAGACAAGCGAGAUUGACCAGCUACACGGCCUUUAUGUAAAGGAGCUGGAGAAGAUGUGGGGGCGCUACAAGGACGGGUUCGCCCCAGAAAGGAUUGAGGAAAUGCAGAUACUGAAAUAGGAUAUCAGAGUGGACAACGGACAGGUGGAGGCGAGGGAGGAAAGAAAGAGAGGAUGGUCAAUACCAUGUGGAUUCCACAUUCAUUAAAGAGACAGAUUAUCUGGGGUAGUCAUGAAAUGGGUGGCCAGGACAGUUUUGCUACGGACUAUGACAAGGGGCGGAUAUAUCUUUAUCACUAUGCGGAGAUGAAGAUAUGAUUUUCAUAUUACAAAAUGGAGUAGUCGGCUAAAAAUACACGUUGUUUGUUCGGUUCAUGGUUGUUAAGCCUGCGCUUUCGUCUGUCUCCGAUCGAAACCUUGUUCUUCGUCAUCUCUCAAAAUUAUUAUAAACUUGACAAUGGCGCAUACACCUUAUUUUUGACACGAGAGUCAACCAAGAAGCUGAGUCACUCUCUCACGAUGAUAAGAUACUGUGCGAUCUAGUCAUGUCACUCAUGAAAGAAAAGAAAAGAAAACACUUUUCAAUGCAAAAAUGGCUGGAAUGC